UCUGCUGAGUCCCACUCCAGCCUGGAGCAGCACUCAGUGCCGUCCAGGCUGAAAGCAUCGGAGCUAUUUCAGACACAUUAAAAGGGUCACAGGCAAUACCUCAGCUGGUUAGAAGAAGGUACCUCUUUCAGCAUCAAAAGGAGGGAUAAGCCUCUGUCGUAAAAAUGUCAAAACAACCAGCAUCACAUGUCAAAGCCAUUCAGGCUAAUAUUAACAUCCCAAUGGGAGCAUUUCGACCUGGUGCAGGCCACCCUCAUAAAAGAAAAGAAUUUACACCUGAAGAAGUGGAGGAGAAUGUUCCUGCUUCAACAGAGGAGGAGAAAGAGAAGAAGCUGUUCCCAGGAGCUAAGAAACUUCCAGGUCCUGCUGUCAACUUGUCAGAGAUUCAGAACAUAAAGAGUGAGCUGAAAUAUGUCCCCAAAGCUGAACAGUAGCUGGAAGAAGCAGAACUGGCUUGAUGUGGCAUGAGCCUUGUGACCGCUGUCCAGGAGCAGGCCAGCUACAAGUGUCCCAAGCCCUGCUUUGUACUCAGGACUACACCUGCUUCAGCCACCAAAUUGCUCCUGGUGUGCCUUCUGUUGAAAAAUGUACCUCUUUAAGUGCUGAGGCUCUGUCUGUUUCACCCUUGUUUGCAAAUUUCUUCAGAGAAUAACAUUUUGCAGUGUUUGAGUUCACUGUGUGUAGGUAGAACAUUGUAUGUAGGUAUAGCUCACCAUGACACUGAUCCCAAGAUCCGUUGCCCCACCAGCAACGCUGGUUUGAGGAAUUACUAGGCUUCCGAUGUUGUUGGGUUUUGCUGACCCUAUCUGCUGCUGGUUUAACCUCCUAAUUCCCUUUUGAUUUGCCAAAGGAGUCUCAAAUACACUGUAUUUUCAUGUGAACAAAGGACACAGCAUAAAUGAGCAUUUUCCUUUGAAAUAUCUAUUAGUUUUACUCUCAGUGUUGGUCAAAUUUAUUUUUCAAAUUUGAUUUGCUGCAGGCUGUAGCUAGCUAAGGGGAGACUCAGUUGAACUAACCUUUACUUCAUCUUGGGAACAAGUCUAAUGCCUGUUUUUCCUCCUGCCAUUUACUGGUUAUAACAGUAGGGCUGUAUUUGUUUCUGACUGCAAUUGGCUGAGGUUCAUAUACAGACAUGGGUUCCAUAAAAGCAGAAUAAAACUCUCAGUCUUGGUGUUCAGAACUUACUCCCCAACCUUGGUAAAGCUGAUGUAGCAUUGCUUUUAAUUUAAUAAUUCAGUUAUUCAAUGGAUAAAAGAAAUAAAUGGAGUCCUCCAGCCUUUAGAUCUCCCGGGUCUUUGUUCUCAUUUAUUGCCUCGGAGCACACCUUGUCUUGAAAUUGCUGUUACUCCUACGUGAAUUUGCAGAGCCUUUCAGGGCACAGAAAAGCAAUCUUGGAGCAAAUAAUGGUUGUGGCCGUGGAUGCACUUAGGGAAGGAGGGCGCUGGCCGUGCUUGCCCUGCUUCCCAGCAAAUGAACCCGGAGGAGCGAGGCCGCGUCCGCAGCCCCGGCAGCAGAAAUGCUGCUGUGCACCAGGGCAGAGCAGGGCUGCUGAAAUUGCUUUUACUGAGGAAACAUCAAAGGACAAAAAGCUUCCCCCAAAGCCAAGCUGCUCGUGUUCUGAGGGAAGGAUGAUGACAAUAACUGGAUAUUGCUGUUUCAAAGCUUUGAAACGUGCUGCCUUUAUACAGAGGAUGAAACCAACAUAAAAGUAUGUACUGAAAUGGAGGAAAAUGUAUAUCUAAAGACUUAAAACAAAAUAUUUGAGCUAAAAUAGGCAGGAUACAGGGGAAAUUCAGUUUUUCUGUGUUUACAAAUCACAUUGCUCUUGAGUGCAGUAUCCUUCCCAAAGAUUGUUAAAGAUGGGAUAGAGUAUGUCCUCUGCUAAAAUUCAUGAAGGAUUUCAGACCUCUAUUAAAUACUUAAUGAAGGAUCUCAAACCUUUUCAUUUUGAAUU